UACAUCAUCUUUGCCAUUGGCUUUGCUGAUGCGGACUAUGGAGAGUUGGUGAACAUCGCCAGCAAACCCAGUGACAGACACGUCUUCUUUGUGGACGAUUUGGACGCUGUCAAGAAAAUUGAGGAGCAGCUGAUCACUUUUGUGUGUGAGGCUGCCACUGCCAGUAAGUACCGCCAGAACUGAAGUAGCUGGCAUUGGAAGUAGUUUCCAUAACUGAUAUACUCUACUGUAGAAUAGAGAGCUGGUAGGUUUGGUCAUGUGGUUCAAUGGAAGAGUUAUUAUUACAAAGAAGAGGAUUCAUCAACAUUUGAAUGAUAAUAAUAUGCCAUUUAGCAGACGCUUUUAUCUCCCUUUGGAGAAACACAGUGGGCAAGAGUCUAGUCGAUAUGUUCUGUCUUGAUCUAAAGUUAAUUAUGUUAUUUUUUAAUUAGCAGUGUUCUCUUAUAAUAUAAUAUAAUAUGCCAUUUAGCAGACGCUUUUAUUCAAAGCGACUUACAGUCAUGUGUGCAUACAUUUUUACGUAUGGGUGGUCCUGGGGAUCGAACCCACUACCUUGGCGUUACAAGCGCCAUGCUCUACCAAUUGAGCUACAGAGGACCACUUGAAUCAAUCUUAAUAAAAGGAUAUUGAUUCAUGAUUAAAUUACAGUGAUUAAUAUACUAUUCAUUAUUUAACCAACACUUUCAUCCAUCUUGUUUUAGCUUGUCCAUCAGUUCUGAUGAGCGGCAACACAAUGGCAGGUAAACUAUGUAUACACAUACAGCUUGUUACUGCUUUAUAGUCAUAGAAUGUGUGUCCAUAUUGAGAUAAACCCCUCUCAAUCUACAGUCAAUAUUGAUUGUCUGAGACCACUUAUUCAUUCAAAGGAUAGACUCUGUGUCCCUGGCUAUUGCAUUAUCUGGAGCAGCAUGUAUUCUGCCAUGUGGUUGUCGUUAAAACCCAGUCAGAUAAAGUUCUAAACAUACAGUCUCUGGUGAAGUGUAGGGUAUAAGCCGUAUUACCCACUUAUUCUUCCGUGGGCAUUGCGUAUACUCCCUUCUUAAUCCCCACGAUGCGUAUCAAAGUAUUGCAGUGGAGGUAUACACCAUAUCAAUGAAUACGGCUGAUGGAACAGAUCACAAUGUUUAGCUUCAAAUGUUGAUCAACUACUAUUUCUUCCCAUUUAGGCUAUAAGCUACUUUGAAGGAGGCAAGGCCCGCCUCAUAAUAUGAAGUAAAACGUCCAGUUUUAAACAGUAAUGGAACAGGACAAAUAUAGUGAUACUAAUGAUAGGCCUAACCGUCUUCUGGUAGAUGGAAAGGCUUUCCCAAAAACCUUCUCUAUUAAAUGUUAACUAGCUACAAAGUAGCUUAUGCCUACCUGUCAGAAUGAUAUCAUGAUUAUUUGCAUCAGUCAAGUGGCCAUUUGUUUGGCAAACUCCAUCUCAUGUGCUACAAAAACACUGCUAACCAAACAACAGUGCUAGGUGCCUGUGCAUUUAAAUUAAAGGGUAACUACACUAAAAAAAUCAAAAUUUCUUAGAUUUUUCCAAGACCUCAAAAGUGGUCUCCUGAUGUGGUUUAGGCAUUGUUAUGGACUUAGAACAUCCAAUUGUGUUGUUUUUCUAUUAAAAACGUGUGACUUUGAGAGCGAAAACCUGAACAAAUUUGAAAUAAAUCUGAAACCUGUGAAUUUCUGACUCAGUUGACAGCCUCAUUGAUCAAUUUCCAUAGUAGGACUACUAUUAUCCUACAACACAGUACAGCUUGGGUUGGUUGACUGUGAAAGACCAAUAUGGAUUCAUCAUUUUAGGUCAUUCAGAGUGUAUGUCGCUGUUUCUCAUAGGAUUUUUCACACAGUGCGCCUUUCCUUCGCCAGGUGGGGAAUAGGAAAUGCUGGUCUUGUCCCCGAGGGAGAGUGGUUGACAGAAUUACAUUAUUCAUUUCUAUGUAUAUAUCCAGCGCCUAAAGAGUAUUUACUACCUUUACACAUUAUGUUGCUUAAAGAUAAAAAUGCGUACCAUUUUUUAUUCUAGUAUUGUAGUAUCUCUAUGGUUCUCUAUGGUUCUCUAAGGCUCUCUAUGGCUCUCUAUGGUUCUCUAUGGUUCUCUAUGGCUCUCUAUGGCUCUCUAUGGUUCUCUAUGGUUCUCUAUGGCGUAGUUAUAGUAUAGAUGUGUGUUCUGCUCCCUCCCUUCUCAGGCUUCAGGAUGAUGGAGAUGUUUGGCCUGGUAGAGAAGGAGUACAGUAACGUAGAGGGGGUGUCCCUAGAACCAGGAUCCUUCAACAGCUUCCCCUGCUACAGACUGCACAAAGACGCCCUGGUCUCACAACCCACCAAGUAGGUUCUACUAGGUUCUGUGUCAGUGUGGUUGUCAUGGUGAUGAGAGGUAGAGGAUCAGCUAGGGGCCACACUGAGCUCUACCUCUCUCCUCCAGUGUCCACUCUUGGCAUAUUAUUCCUGGAAUAUACUCUACACCUGACACACACACACACCUUCAACAGCUUCCCCAAAUGAUAGGUUAGAUGGACGUUUCUCUCUGAUAGGUUAGAUGGACGUUUCUCUCUGAUAGGUCAGGUGGAUGUUUCCCUCUGAUAGGUCAGGUGGAAGUUUCCCUCUGAUAAGUUAGGCGGAAGCUUCCUUCUGAUAGGUAGGCGGAAGCUUCCUUCUGAUAGGUUAGAUGGAUGUUUCCCUCUGAUAGGGUAGGUAGAAGUUUCCCUCUGAUAGGUCAGGUGGAAGUUCUGCCAUACAGUAUAUCUUAUAGCCAUCCAAUCCUUUCAGAUCUAAAGACGUGCCUAUACCUGGAGGAAGGGGUUGUUCCUGAACUUUCCUCCUCCUCCUCCUCCUCCUAGAGGGGCCUUCUUCCUCCUCCUAGAGGGGCCCUCCUCCUCCUCCUAGAGGGGCCUUCUUCCUCCUCCUAGAGGGGCCCUCCUCCUCCUCCUAGAGGGGCCUUCUUCCUCCUCCUAGAGGGGCCCUCCUCCUCCUCCUAGAGGGGCCUUCCUCCUCCUCCUAGAGGGGCCUUCCUCCUCCUCCUAGAGGGGCCUUCCUCCUCCUCCUAGAGGGGCCUUCCUCCUCCUCCUAGAGGGGCCUUCCUCCUCCUCCUAGAGGGGCCUUCCUCCUCCUCCUAGAGGGGCCUUCCUCCUCCUCCUAGAGGGGCCUCCUCCUCCUCCUAGAGGGGCCUCCUCCUCCUCCUAGAGGGGCCUUCUCCUCCUCCUAGAGGGGCCUUCUUCCUCCUCCUCCUAGAGGGGCCUUCCUCCUCCUCCUAGAGGGGCCUUCUUCUUCCUCCUCCUAGAGGGGCCUUCCUCCACCUCCUCCUAGAUGGACCUUCCUCCUCCUAGAGGGGCCUUCCUCCUCCUCCUCCUAGAGGGGCCUUCCUCCUCCUCCUCCUCCUAGAGGGGCCUCCCUCCUCCUCCUCCUCCUAGAGGGGCCGUCCUCCUCCUCCUCUAUGGGAGACUUGUACUUCAAAACGUCAGGGGAGGGUCAACCCCACUUGCUAGCCAGAGACAAACACUAGAGCUCUUUGAAAUAGCAGCCGCAGUUAUUUUCAAGGUCCCUCAAACAAUACAAAGUUAUUGCCAAUAAAAAUCACUUAGGGGAGUCUAAUCACAUGUGAAGUGGUGAUAAUUAGUGUGUGUGUGUGUGUGUGUGCAUGCGUUCUGCUGUACGGUUCCCCUGUGUUGACAGAUGUAGUUCUGCUCCUGCUGAGGAUAAUAUUUAGUUUAGGCUUCUACUUUCAAAUGUUCAGAGGGGACUGUGUUAUUGCAGUGGAGGGUUUCAGCACCUCUACAUAGUUUUAUGUCUUCAGGGUGACCUGCAAAGGUUGCAGCCCAUAUCCAAACAUCACAUCAUUUAUAUAAUAUAUCAUGUCAUCAGAAGGGCCAUUAUGCCAGCCAAAUGAACUUCCCAUUACUCUGUAUCAGGUAUCGGGACUUCCCAUUACUCUGAAUCAGAUAUCGGGACUUCCCAUUACUCUGAAUCAGAUAUCAGGACUUCCCAUUACCCUGCUUCAGGUUUCAGGACUUCCCAUUACCCUGCAUCAUAUAUCAGAUAUCAGGACUUCCCAUUACUCUGUAUCAGAUAUCAGAUAUCUUCAACUAAUGAUUUCCUAUGAGAUAAUAAAGUACAAGGUGGAUAUUCUACUGGCAGAUUGACUUGAGGCACAGGAUCAACACUGAUUAAGGUUAGGGUCAGGGUUACACUGUAAAGGGUUAGGGUUUAGGUUACACUGGAAAGGGUUAGGGUUAGGGUUUAGGUUACACCAGAAAGGGUUAGGGUUUAGGUUAUACCGGUUAGGGGUUGCCGAGAAUUUGACAGUCAAUUACAGGCAGUAAAGUGGCAAGUAAGUUACUGUAUUUUAUAUUGCAGUACACCUACUGUAAUCCAAAAGCAGUAUCAAAGCAAGUACUGUGUAAUGACACACAAUACAAUACUGUAUAAUUGACUGUUGUGACGAGUACUGAGGAUACGAAGAGGCAGGACGCAGGAAUCAACAAGGUAAAGUUUUGCUUAACUCCGGACUCUCCACUGACGUGGAACAACAAACCACCGGCAGGCAGGUCUUCCGGCAUGAGGUGGACCAGGCUGUGAUCCUCUUGGUGAUCCAAUUGAUGGUGGGGUUGUGUAGUCUGAGCCAGGGCAAUCCCAAGACGAUCCGGUGAAGGGGUGACGUGACGAUGUGGAAUGACAGCUCCUCGUGGUGCUCCGGUAGUGUGGUAAUGGUGAUGGUGAUGGGGAGAGUGACGUGCGUAAUGGUGCCUGAUCCAAGUGCUUUAUUGUCCAGCGAGGUGACGUGUAGCGGAGAAGGCAGUGGCACGGUGGGCAACCCCCAUUCAGAGAACAGCUCCCUAUCUAUAAGGUUCCCCGCUGAUCCGGAAUCUAUCAUUGCAGUGGAAAUGGAAGAGAAGGAAUAACCAGUCACCGUUAUGGGAACUAAAAACAAGGGUUUUGUGAUAGGAGAUGACGUAACACUCACAGAGCGGCUAUGGGAGGCAUACCGCCUAGAUUGGGAGCUGCCAGGAGAUCUGUGGUCCGUGGUGGUGUAGGGGGUGCUGCCCACCUCCAUGGGUGAGGACUCGGAGGCAGGGCGGCUUCCAUAGCUCAGAUGGGAUGAGCAUCGAGGCUCCGGGAGGUGUUGGGAAUGCCGUCUGUCUCUCAACAUGUCAUCAAGACGGAUGGACGUGGCGAUGAGGGUAUCAAGGUCCAUCUCUUCGUCCCGACAUGCGAGUUCCAUCUUGAUGUCCUCCCGUAAGCAUCUCCUGAAGGCCUCGCGCAGAGCACACUCAUUCCAGCCGUAAGACGCCGCCACCGUGCGAAAGCUCAGAGCGUACUCAGACUCGGGCCCCUCUCCCUGUUGUAGCUGGAGGAGACGCUCACCCCCGUCCUUUCAAACACCGCCCUGAACCGAGCGAGGAAGGUGGAGUAGAGAAGCGCCAUGGCCUCACCUCCUUCCCAGACUGCCGUGGCCCAAUCCAGUGACUUUCCUUUAAGUAGUGAAAUCACCAGCGCUAUCCUGGCUUGGUCAGAUGGAUAUGCCCCAGGCUGACGCGCUAGACAAAGUGAAACCUGUAGCAGGAAGCCGCUACAUUUAGUAGUUUUACCGUCAUAGCGCUCCGGUAGGGCUAGGGUUCCCUCAGAAGUGGCUGAUAGCACGGGAACAGGUGGAUUGGGUGCACUCGCUGCUCCCUGAGGUGGAACCGGAGCGCUGAGCAGAUUAUACAGAGUUUGGAGCACUUCCUGCAUGGUGGCAUUCAACUGGGCAAGCUGCUGCUGGUGUUGGUCGAGGCACUGGGAAACUCCAGGAGGAUUACCUGCUGCAUCCAUUUUUGUGAGAGGUGUGUAAUUCUGUGACGAGUACUGAGGAUACGAAGAGGCAGGACGCAGACGCAGGAAUUAACAAGGUAAAGGUUUACUUAACAAUGAGAAAGAGAAUAACAACGCGUGCGUAAACGACACGACGCUAACAAUUACACACAACAAUGACUGAACAGUCCAGGGCUAUAUAGUGGUGGUGAUGAGAUGAUGAGGUGCAGGUGUGCUGGAGGUGAUUAGGGUGCAUUGGGUUUCCAUUCCUGUGUUUGCCGAGGUGGUGCGCUCAGACCGGUGGCUCAGUAGACCGGCGAAUCAGAGCGCCGGAGGGGAGCAACGGGAGGAGACAUGACAACUGUAUUGUACUGUAAAAAAGUAAAUGCUACUGUAAUCAUAAUGAAUGAAUGGACCAAAAGGACAUGGUAAAAUACUCAACCAUUAAGACUUGAUGCCACUCCAAUCUGUCCCCUAUACAUUUUAAAUUCCUGUUGCACUAUAACCACAUAUGAGUUAAAUUGGUAUAGCACUCACAGUAACGGGUGCAACAAAUAUAUCCUCUUACAAGGCACGCCUCCAAAUAUGUUAAUGAGCCAGAAACAACAAUACCAUGCACCCACUAUUGAUGGAAUUACAGUACCAUUUGAAAGACAACAAUUAUUUCCAAGCACACAACAUUUUCCCACAAUGCACCAUAAUUAACAGUAUGCUGCAGUAAUGCUUUCACAGUAUUUUACUGUUGAUAAUACCCAAAAUGACUGUAUAAAUUACAGUUUCCCGUUACAGUGUAGGCAUAUGAUUUGCCAACCGCCCUCUGGAACCAUUCACAUCAUCUGGCUGCCAGUUAAGUAUUGCAUCUGUCUGUCUGUCUGUCUGUGUCUCAGGUACCUCCACCCAGAAGGUCUGCCCUCUGACUACACCAUCACCAUCCUGUUCCGCCUGCUACCAGAGACCCCCCAGGAGCCUUUUGCAUUGUGGGAGAUCCUGAACAAAGACAAUGAACCCCUGGUGGGGGUCAUCCUGGACAGUACGUACAGUCUAUUCCUCAUCACUUCCUGAAUCCCUGGCCCUGUGGUUAGAGUUAGGGUUAAGGUUAACCUGCAUACUGCAUACUCUGCAAUUGAGGUCUGUGGUUUACAAAAGUGUGGGGAAUUUCCAGCGCUGCAGGGUUAGUUUCCAGCACUGCAGGGUUAGUUUCCAGCACUGCAGGGUUAGUUUCCAGUGUUUCAGGGUUAGUUUCCAGCACUGCAGGGUUAGUUUCCAGCACUGCAUGGUUAGUUUCCAGCACUGCAGGGUUUGUUUCCAGUGUUUCAGGGUUAGUUUCCAGCAAAUGCAGAGGUUUGUGUUCCAGCAACUGCCGGGGUUUAGUUUUCCAGCACUGCAGGGUUUGUUUCCAGUGUUUCAGGGUUAGUUUCCAGCACUGCAGGGUUAGUUUCCAGCACUGCAGGGUUAGUUUUCCAGCCACUUGCAUGGGUUUUUGUUUCCAGCGUUUCCAGGGUUAGUUUCUAGGCUGGGUCUGGCAGGGGUUGCAGGGUUAGUUCCAGGGCUGUCAGGGUUAGUUUCCAGGGCAGCAGGGUUAGUUUCCAGUUGCUGCAUGGUUAGUUCCAGAGCUGACAGGGGUAGUCCAGGGCUGCAGGGUUAGUUUCCAGCGCUGCAGUUAGUUUCCAGUGCUGCAGGGUUAGUUUCCAGCGCUGCAGGGUUAGUUUCUAGGGCUGCAGGGUUAGUUUCUAGCUAGUGUGUGAGAGAGAUAUAGACUGAACACACAGACCAGAGGACCAAGCCAGAGGACUCUGGGAUGUGGGUUUGUGGGUUUGUGUAGAAUGUACUGUCCCUAAUUCUCUCUCUGUCUGUCUCUGUUUCUGUCUCUAUCAGAUGGUGGGAAGACUCUGACGUUCUUGAACCACGACUACAAGGGAGACUUCCAGACAGUCACAUUUGAAGGGCCUGACAUCAAGAAG